AUGGCCGAUCCCGACGAGCUCGGCCGCCGCCUCGCCGCGGUCGCCGUCUCCGAGUCUCCUACCGCCGCCGCGGCUGCGCUGGAGAGCAGCAACAACAACCUCUUCCAGGUGAUGCGCGCCGUCGAGGAUGCGGAGGCCACCAUCCGCCAGCAGCUGGAGGAGAACAGCCGGUUGAAGGACGAGCUGAUGCUCAAGACGCAGGAGCUCCACAGAAUUAGGUCAGAAGCCACAAACCAAGCUUCUUCUCGUGGGGUCCAUCAGGAUUGCGCUCUCGCCGCCCACACAGACACCUCCUCCACUGCCCCCAUUGGGACUAGCGCCACAGCAGCAGAGGCCUUCAAAUGGGGAGCUGGGGAGCCCAUGUUGCAGGAUGCCUCCAUCAAGCACAAGUACCUCGAGGCCACCCAGGCUAAUGGAAUUCCCCCUAAAUCAUCAGGGGACCAGAGCGCUCCGGAUAGUGCGUUCCCAUCUCAGCUAUCUACCCCGUCUUCUCGUUCCCUCUCACCAACUAGGCACCGCAAAGAACCAGACUAUGAUUCUAGGCUCAACUUAUCCGGACAAGGCGCACUGCCUGUUUCAGACCUCAACUCAAAUGUUGUCAUCUGGAAGCAGGAUCUCCUUGUUAAGGUUAAAGAACAAGAGGAGGAGAUUGCACAACUGAGAAGGCAUCUCUCUGACUACUCUGUCAAGGAGGCCCAAAUACUUAAUGAGAAACAUGUCCUGGAAAAACGCAUUGCAUAUAUGCGCAUGGCGUUUGAUCAGCAGCAGCAAGAUCUGGUUGAUGCUGCAUCGAAAGCUUUGUCUUACAGACAGGAUAUUAUUGAAGAAAACAUCCGUCUUACAUAUGCAUUGCAGGCAGCGCAUCAAGAGAGAUCAACAUUUGUAUCUUCUUUAUUGCCUCUUCUAUCGGAAUAUAACCUUCAGCCUCCUGUUCUUGACGCUCAGUCCAUUGUUAGCAAUCUGAAGGUUCUGUUUAAGCAUUUGCAAGAAAAGCUUAUUAUUACUGAGGAGAAGCUGAAGGAAUCACAAUACCAGAUUACUCCUUGGCGUGCCGAAUCUUCAAAUAAUACAAGUGCUGCUGCACAGUCGCCUUCUCAUACUCCUGGAAAUGCAUUGAGCAAAGCCAACCUUGACAUUGUGCCCCAGCAAGCAUAUUCUUAUGUACAGUCUCCAGCUUCUUCUCCUGUUCGAGCUAGGCGUGACUGGGAUUUGUUAGGGAAUGAAAAUUGUCAGGUCAUUCGAAGUGAGGUUGCCACAACAAGUGCAGAGCAUGAUAAUGUUGGAAGGACCUCUCCUUCAACCAGCAACCAUAACAUGAAGGAUGUCCCUCAAGGAACUGGCCAUGAUUCCCGUGCUGUUCGAUUUAACAUUGAAUCCAAGGAUCAAAACCCAUCAUUCAGGGACCUUGUUAGGAGUGAUGCCUCGGAAAAUCUGGAGGGAGCUGAAUCCCAAGUUCCACAAGAAACUUCUGCACAGUGGGAUUCUGGAGGCUCACCUAAUUUGGCAUCUGGUCUUGAUGAUGCAAAUCCACCAUACCCUUAUCUUCCUACUGUCCUUGAGGAGCCUAGUUCUUCUUUUUCUGAAGUUGCAGAGGAUGAUCCGCUGCCAGCCAUAGAUGGGCUGCGAAUCACAGGUGAAGCCUUUCCUGGAAGAGAACUUCAAGCAAGUGGGUACUCCAUCCAUGGAACCACAAGCUGUAAUUUUGAGUGGGUGCGCCAUUUGGACGAUGGAUCAGUAAAUUUCAUAGAAGGUGCACGGCAGCCCACCUAUUUAGUAACUGCUGAUGAUGUGGACUCUGUACUAGCAAUUGAAGUCCAGCCUCUGGAUGACAGAAAAAGAAAGGGGGAGAUUGUGAAGGUUUAUGCUAAUGAUCAAAGAAAAAUUACAUGUGAUCCUGAAACCAAGGAACAUAUUAAGAAAAUUCUCUCUAUGGGACAUGUGUCUUAUGAAGUUCUAUUACCUGUUAGAUUUUUAGAUAUGUGGGAACCAGCUGUCUUGGCAAUAAAGAGGGAAGGUUACAGUGUUAAGUGUAAUGGACAGCGUGGUGUCGUCGUUACAGAGAAAUUCCAGCAAGCGAUGACAAUCAAUAUCCCAUUUGGGCGUCCUACUGAGUUCUCAAUUGUGUCUGCUGAUGGUGCUGAGUACAAUUUAAAGCCUGCAGAAAAUGCCCCAUCACGAGAUGCCAUUGUUCUAAUACUAAGGCUAUUCAGAAUGAAGGCUGUUGAGAAGAGUAAGGGAAGAAGAAAGGGCAUCUUCUUCAAGUAG